UGAAACUCAAGUUACUCCAAUUAGUAACAUCUCUUAAUGUCUUUGAAAUGAGUAACAUUCAAACACUUUGAUUUUUAUUCAACAAUUUCAGAUAAUGACACAGCCAUGGCUUGAUCGCCGGAUUCAAUCCCUCUUCCCGGUUGCAUUGGUUUCUAUUUUAGUAGUUGGAAGUGUGAGAUUAGUCCUGGAUAACUUGAAGAGCAACCAGAGUCAUAUUUUUCAGUCAUAUGGUAAACCGGAUCAGGGUUACAAGCAAAGAAAACUUGUGUUUGUUUCUUCUGAAGAUCGGUUUGAGAAUGGCUGUAAUGUUUUUGAAGGUAACUGGGUUUGGGAUAAUGUGACAUAUCCUCUUUAUACAGAAGAGAGCUGCCCUUACUUGGUUAAACAAACCACUUGCUUAAGAAAUGGAAGACCUGAUUCAUUCUAUCAAAAUUGGAGGUGGCAGCCCAAUGCCUGCAAGCUACCAAGGUUUGAUCCAUUGAAGCUAUUGGACAUUUUGAGGGGCAAAAGAUUGAUGUUUAUUGGAGAUUCAGUGCAGAGAGGGCAGUUUGAAUCAAUCGUCUGCAUGUUACAAUCUGUGAUUCCUGAUGGAAAGAAAUCUUUUCUUAGAAUUCCUCCUAUGAAGAUCUUUAAAGCUGAGGAGUACAAUGCAUCAAUUGAAUAUUACUGGGCACCCUUUAUUGUGGAGUCCAUUUCAGAUCAUGCGACAAACCAUACAGUAUCAAAGAGGCUGGUUAGUCUUGACUCUAUAGCUAGACAUGGGAAGAGCUGGGAAGGAGUUGAUGUGUUAGUAUUUGAAAGCUAUGUGUGGUGGAUGUACAAACCAACAAUCAAUGCUACAUAUGGAUCUCCAGAUGAUAUUCAAGAAUAUAAUGUCACCAAGGCGUACAGAUUGGCAUUAGAAACUUGGGCAAAUUGGCUAGAUUCCAACAUCAACCCUCUCACUCAAAAGGUCUUCUUCAUGAGUAUGUCUCCAACACAUUUGUGGAGCUGGGAAUGGAAGCCUGGAAGUAAUGAAAACUGCUUCAACCAGUCGUAUCCCAUCCAAGGUUCAUACUGGGGGACUGGUUCUAGUCUCGCUAUCAUGGACAUAAUUCACGAUAUUUUGCAACAGCUAAAAACCAAUGUGACAUUUUUGAACACCACUCAGUUGUCCGAGUACCGUAAGGAUGCUCAUACAACAGUUUAUGGAGAACGGAAGGGAAAACUAUUGACAAAGGAACAAAGAGCUGAUCCAAAAAAUUUUGCUGAUUGCGUUCACUGGUGUUUACCAGGAGUCCCUGAUACAUGGAAUGAGAUCCUGUAUGCAUAUUUGUUGCAGAAUCAUCAAACCUUUUUGUAACCUUCAGGACCACAACAAAUGUGAGCUUCUAUAAAUCGCAAAAAUAUACAUUUAUAU